AUGCGCUUCACUCGGGCGAGCAGCUGGCAAGAAGGUGCAACUGACAGCCUUCCACAUGAGUGCACUGCAGAAGUCAGUCGGGCAUGGUCGCGUCACGGUGCAAGCCGCCUCGUGGUGCUCUUUGGUUUGGUAUGGGGGCACGAGUUGGAGGAGUUGCAGAGAUGUGAAGAUCUCCAUUCUGCCUUCGCUCGGAGUGUCGAGCGGGCUGCCAUCGCUCGCCUGCGAUCCGUGCUUCCCGUUUUCAUGUCCCGGUUCGCAGAAGACCCAGAUGACCCUGGGGCCAAUCCUCCUGGCCGCAAGAUUCGCUUCACUGCCCAGUGUCGUGUGAAUUACAGUGGCGCUGAAAAAGAGGCCUUCGGACCGCGUGCGGACUGGGUGAAGCUGAAGACUGCCGUGCGAAGCGGUCUAGAGCGUGCUACCUCCUGGGUCCUGGAGCCGCGUGCCGCGGCAGCCGAGGUGAACGCCACAGUGUUUUUUGCCGCCGACCAUGUGGCAUUCGGCGUUGAGGUCAAGGAGCUAGAAAUGCGCCCCGCGUUGCCUUUUUCUUGGAGUCGGCUCGCUCGGCCGGGGAUGCAAACACAGAUUGCAGGAGCGCUUGACAUGGCGCGGUCCCGACGCCAGGGCCAGAGCCAGAUGGAGCCGCUACGCCGCACUGUGCUAGCCGGGCCAGGGCCAGGGCCAGUGACUGGUGCCAAGGGGACUGCCACGGCGAUCUUGAAAAGGCUCCGCAGCAAGGCAAAGACUUCCAGGAGCUCGCUUGCAAACGGUCUGGCAAGUGGAUGGGCGACCGCCAGAGUCCUCAGAGAUCGCUACCAUGCGGCCAAUUACAGUUGGAAGCUGGCGGGCUGGCAGCUGCUCCGUACACAAGAGCGGCAGAAGCUGGGAAUGGUUCCUGCUAGACGAGAACCCAUUAGCUGGUACUCUUGGACCUCUGCUAAGUACUGGCAGCUGUCGGACAAACUGGCAGCGUCUGCUGGUUCCAAUCGAGCUUGGAGCAUGCUUACGAAGUGGUUGAACCUGAACUCUAAAGGCCUUGCGCUAGGAUUGGCCGAGGGGACAAUCUUGUUCAAGUUCACCGUGCCAGUGCACAUGCCACUGAUGCUCUUCACGAUUGUGAGCUUCUUUCGCCAUCGGCGAUGGGUGGCUGCCGAGACAACAGCUGCCUUGGAGGAAGACAGUGUGAAGGCACAAGGAGGCAAGGUGACAGAGGCCUUCGAGGCCAUGGCCGCAGUAGCUGCAGAAUGCAUGAUUGAUGCUGAAAUUGAGGGCACUCGGCCAAGCAUCGUGGUUGACCCUACAUGCGGUAUGGGAACACUACUGCUCGCGGCGGCACGCAUCUGGCCCCAAGUCAGUCAGCGUCCCUUGAGGCUUGUAGGUCGCGAGACGAGCAGCAGUCAGCUGCAGAAAUGCUUGUCAAAUUUUGGGGCUUGUUGCGUGGAUGCGUCUGACAUACGCAUGGGCGAUGGCAGGGAUGCUUCGGCCUUUGCUGACAUCGCUGAUGCAUCGGCAGAUGCUUUGAUUUGUGAUUUGCCGAGCGGGGCCGCGCACAAGGCCAGCUCAGACAAAGAGUCCUACAUGGCCUUCCUGCGGCUGGCCGAGCGGAUCUUGCGGCCGGGAGGACGCUGCGUGUUGCUCUCCAACCGGCAGCAGCUGCUUUCCAGGUGCGUCCAAAGUGGCCCCUGGAAAGAAGUUUGUUCCUGGGUGAUGGGGCGUGGCGAGGCGAACAUGCUGAAAUUUCUGCUUCUCGUGCUCGAGCGGGAGGCGACCCCUCCAACGCCAGUCCCCGGCAAAAGAAGGGUGCACAGUUCGGAUGCAAGUGCUAGUGUUACUGGUGUUCCCUGGCCGAUGCUUCCAUACGCAGAUGAGAAUGUCUCGCGUGAGCUGCAGCCGGUGGAAACGGUGGAGAUGUGCAAAGGCCAAUGUGGAGCUUUGGCAAGCGCCUGCCGCAAUAAGGACUUCGCUGCUGCAAGGGCAUUGAUAGAGCAGGGUGUGGACAUAGCUGAGUUGGAUUCCGACAACUUCAAUGCAGCUAUUCACUGGGCUGCCUGGAAUGGUUCGCACAGUCUCGUAACCGACCUGCUCGGAGCUCGGGCAAGCGUCCACCAGGCAAACCAGGAGGGCCUCCAAGCCGUGCACCUUGCGACGCGGAACGGCAGACUGUCAACCUUGGCAGUGUUGUGGCGCCACGAAAAUGGUGUCGUUGCUGCACGUGAUGCUGAGGGUGGGACGGCCGCGCAUCAUGCAGCGAACUGCGGCUUCAUUCACAUCCUGGAGUGGCUGUAUUUGAAAGGGGCUUCCGUGAAGUCUGCCGACGCUUACGGGCUAACGCCGCUCCACUGUGCAGUAAUGGCUGGAAAGGUGCUUGCGACGCAGAUGCUCUUGAGGCGUGGUGCAGAUGCUCUUGCUGUCGAUGUCAAGCGACGAACGCCGCUCCACUGGGCCGCCGUUCACGGCCGGGGUGCUUUGGUCGAGUCGGUGUAUGGCAUUGACAGGAGAGCCCUUGGAGGCCCCGCGGCUUUUGACAUACAGGACUACCAAGGCAAAAGGCCGCAAGACCUCACGCGACGCAUGGACAUCUGUAUGAUGGCACACCUGACACAUGCGAAGGCUUGGCACGGCCGUGCAAACACAGGCUGUUUCCUUCGAUGCCUGACCAAGCUGAUGCCACGACAGCCUACGACUCUCUUCAUGGUGUUUCUGACGCCCUGCCUGCACAGCUUGAACUUGUUUCUCUUGCUGUGCAUCUUGGUGAGAGAGCUUGGGUACCUCCAGUGCCUGUCAUUCGAUGCCGCAAGCCUAGCAGGUCUUCAACUUGCUGGGCAGGUGAUCUCUUUCAGGCUUUUUUGGAAGACAUGCUGGUCUGACCCCGGCUACUGUGCCGACCAGGUCCACAACACAGCAGAUGCCGACGAGCCAAACAUCGCAGCGAAGAGCUUCCCGAAAGAGUAUCUCCAACUGGCGUCCUCACAGGAAGCAGAACUGAAUCCUGCAGGCUGGGGCAAGAAGGCUUGCGUAGUGUGCGGACGGUUGCGCACCAGGCGCUGCAAACACUGCAGGCAAUGCGGACGCUGUGUUGCAAGAUUUGAUCAUCACUGCCCUUGGCUGGGUAAUUGCAUUGGCGAAGGCAACCUGAAUAUCUUCCUGCGGUUUCUGGCAUCAACACUCCUGUCUCUAUUGCUUGCCAUUGGGUUGGCCUUCCAAGGCCUUGAGGCAGCCAGUUUGGUGCUGCGAGGGGCCGAACUGCCGCUGUGGUACACUGCUGUCAGCAUCAUGAUGGUGAUUGACUGCUUUCUUGUGCUUUUCGUUGGCUGCGUCUUCACCCGGCAGGUGCUGCUGGCAGCCGCAGACCUGACAGAGUAUGAAGACUCUGUAGAAGAUGGGGUACACCUGUGCACCAUUCUGCGACGGACAAGUGUACGGAUCCUCCUCGCCAACUCCUUCAAGUGGUUUCUCCCUUACAACAAGGAAGCGCGCCAAGCUAAAGAUCCUGACUUGGAGGCACAGCUGAGCCAGCGAGGCACAGACACGGCUGAGAAACAGGCCAUGUGGCCCUUCUGCGUGAAGCUAGUCAGCUCGGGUCCAGCCGUCUUAGAGCUGCUUCGGAAGGUCAAUGGACUGCUCCCGCCGCUGAUACCGCCUGCCGGCUACAAGGUGCCCAUCGCAUUGCACAAGUUCGAGAAGGGUGCUGCCCCUGCGGCCUUCAGCAACAAACAGUCGCAGAACUGGCAGCAGCAGCAGCAGCAGCAGUCCUGGCAGGGGCAGGGGCAGAAGGAGGACACUGGGCCACCUCGAGUUUUCAACUUGCAGCUGUUUCAGGAGUCACAGUUGACUACACAAGGAUUCCCUCCGGAGGCACCUGCCAUUGUCUACGACAAGUCAAUGCAUGUGUUCAGUUCUGCACAUUCAAUACUGCAGGAGAUUGUGGGUGACAUAAGUGUGGAGGUGGAGAUACACCACGAUACGGAGUGGGACAUAUUCCCGGAAAUCGGGGAGUCCAUAAGACAUGCAGGCGCCGAGGAGCUGUGCUUCAGCGUCGGGACCUGCCCGAAUCAGGGCAGAUGGGCAGUUGGCAUUGCGAAUGGCUGGAAAGGCCGCGAAACUGCCGUGAAGCUUGCUUUGGGCUUCUCCUUGCUGGCCGACCGAUCACCCGAUGAUCUGGAGAAUUUCUGCAAGAACUACCCGGAAUUCAGGGUAAUGGUGGCCGAAGCUGGCCUAUUGCCUCCCAGAGGCCCAGCAAAGAGAAGCGCAUUCCAUGCGUCACAGGGCCAACAGUGGCAAUCAAGUCCAAAGCAGAAUUCUUGGUCCGCUUCUCCUGCUCCGGCUAGUGGAGGAUUCCCCAAAUUCGUUUGGGCUUCGCUGGACAGCACAGCAGGUCUCGUGCAGGAAGGACUGCCUGCAGAAGGCCUUUGUGUUUACCACGACAAGCAGUUCGCGGACCUCUUCAGAAAUGGCCAGUACGUCUUGAACGAGGUGCUGGGCGACGUCGGUAGUGAGGUCGUCUUCACCCACGACCCCGACUGGGAGCACAUGCCGGAGAUGGCGGAGGCCAUCAAGCAGGCCGGAGGUGAGGAGAACUGCUAUGCAGUUGCCAGUGUGCCCUCGGCAGGCAUCUGGGCAGUUGGCCUUGCUGGUGGCUGGAAGGUGCGGGAGCUGGCUUGCAAACUCGCGUUGAGUGUUGCACUAGUUGCCAGCUCCGGGGACUUUGAUCGAUUUGCAGCGUAUCCCGACUUCGUAGAAUUUGCCCAGACGGCAGGGACUCCUGGUGCAAUGGUGGAGGAACCGGCUCUCAAAAAGCCGAAGGUAGAGACUCCAGCACCACGAAAGGUUCUGCCUCAACCUGGCAAGAAAGGAGGUGGACACAAAGGUGGCAAGGCGCAGGGGAAAAAGGGUGGCCCGAUUGUGGCAAACAGGUCUUCGAAGGCGCUGCCGCGGGACACUCCCGUCUGGGUACAGCUGCCUCAGGACCAGCUAGCGCCCGAAAUCUUGCAGGAGUUGGGCAGUGAUGCAGUUGCGGUUGCAUCCGACGGACCAAGUUCUCCACUGUAUGACUGCAUCGAUGCAGUUCUGGCGGACUUGGUUACAAGCUCGGAGGACCUUGUUUAUUUUGAUGAUCCCAACCACGAGACGUUCCCCGAAGUGAGCCUCGCGCUGCAGACGCAUGCCUCCCUGGAGGAACCUCUGCAGCUGGCUAUCUGCAGCACAUUAGGUGUUUGGGGCAUUGGCGUUGGCCCAACGCCGGAUGCGAGGACAGCGACCUCUAAAUUGGCGGUUGCGGCGAUGAUCGCUCUGAAGGCUGCGGAAACGGGCGACGUUCCGGACCUUUCAGCUUACCCAGAUUUUUCAGACUUUGUCGGCGGUGUCCAACCCCCCAUAUGA